AUGUCGGCAAUUAUUGCUGUAAAGUGUCCCGAUUCAUCUUGGAAGCUUUGGGGUGUAAAUGGCAAGCUGGAUAAUGGAGGAUGGUGCUGCAUGGACGGCUUCAAUGGCACAUACCGCGACAACAGCCAAGGCAUCGCUCUCCUGUGCACGUCAACGACAGCGACGGCGCUACCUGCGAACAUUUCGUGGGCCGAUGCCGUGAGGACCUCGUCAUGCUCCGUGACCGCGACGUCAACUUGGGCGACAACAGCAACGGGAUCCCCAGUAGUUUCGGACACGGUAACGACCACGGGCACUGCGACGGCUGCUUCUUCGACGCGUACGGCUUCGGCGGGAAACGAGGAGUCGGGUGGGAUCUCAGGCGGUGCCGUAGCUGGAGCAGUCGUCGGAGGUGUAGCCGGCAUAGGCCUGAUCCUGGCCGCCACCUUCUUUGUCUGGAGGCGCAAGCAGGGCUCCAGGACCGCAGCAACCGGGCCGGAUGGAAGCAACCAAGGAGGAUCGGCGUACGGCGAACAAAGUGCUGGCAAGCACGCAUACCAAAUGCCUAGCGAAAUGUCAGCUCAACCGUCCCGGGUCGAGAUGGAUGGUUCGCCUCUACCAACGUAUGAACUUGAUGGGUCGACACCGCAUGAGCUAGACUCCGCGGCGACGAGCGCAACGCGACCAAGAUAA